UUCGAGGCUGUGAUGUUAGGAGCGAUUCUUUUUUGAGGGUGGGGGGUUUCUAUAGCCAGGGGAGAAGCAAUUUGCUAUUGCUUGAAGAAUGUCAAGUUAUAGUGUUGUGGUUGAUCAGAGCGGUGAGUAUCAUGGAUUGGAUUCUGAAAGUGAAGAUGAAGACGUGUUAAUUGAGAAGAUGAUGGAGGCACUCAAUAGAUGGGACUUGGGACUGCCUCAUGAGGUCGAUUCCGACAAUUUGGCACUGCAAUCAGCCACAAACCAGCAGGAGGAUGGCGUUGAUGCCUCGGAUGUGGGUAGUGAGGGUGAUUAUGAUGGGAUGAUACCCCAAUAUGACAGUUUCCCUGAUGAAGAUAAUCAUCUGGGACUGGAUGAAUCCGAAGGGGAAGAGGAUGCCAAAGCUUUCUUUCCGUGCCCUUUUUGCUAUGUGGAUAUUGACGUUCAUGUCCUGUGCACCCAUCUCCAGGAUGAGCACUGCUUCAAUCUGCGAAAUGCUGUGUGCCCCCUCUGUGCAGCAAACCUUGGGAACGAUGUCAUUGGACAUUUCAUAGUGCAACAUGCCAGCUCAUUGAAGAAAAGAAGAAAAGCUCACAGGUCUGGCCCAUGGACUGGUGGAAGCAACUCAGCUGUGUCUGGCAGGGCACUGAGUUCAUUUGGUGGCUCGUCAACAACUAGCAGCAUUGGAAACAUAUCCGAGUUGGCCCCUGAUCUCUCGCCGUUCUUGGGCAGUGUUCCAGAGUUGGACUCAAGGAGCUGGCAGCAGCAACAGCAGGAUUCAUCUGAGAAACCUAGCUCUGGAACUCAUUUGAAAAGCAGUGGAGGCGAGUUGUCCGUCGAUGAUAGGUUGGAUCGUGAAGAGAGAGCUCAGAAGGCUGCGUUCAUUCAGGAAUUGAUUGCAUCGACUAUCUUCUGAUUCCCCCUUCUCCUGAGUCUCCCUGCUGAGGAUUAGGUAUUUAGGAAGCUAGAAAGGUGUGAGCCGGGUGAUACUCGAGGUCGAGUAAUGGGGGAUGAUGGCCAGAAACAUCUAAAAGAUUGGCAGUGAUAUAUCGACAUGUAGCUGUAUCGUUGUUUGUUAUAGCAUAUAUGGCUGAGACUGAUUAAGGACUGUUACCAUUCCAGAAACAGAAACAAUCUUCUUCGAACUUAAAUGCGAAGAAAGCAAUUUAGCAUGAUAUGAUAUUAUUGAUAUCUCUCCUCUUUUGCGCU